CCGAGUCCGCAGGGGAAGGUCAAGGAUAGGAGGCCGUCGUUGAUGUCGGCCGCCUUCUCCAAAGCCGAGCACACCGUCAUCAACGUUGGCAACUCCGACUGUCCGAGACUGAUAACUUGCGUCAAGGCUUCGCAAGGCUUUGACUGGAAUCAGGAGAUCUUCCUCCCAAGCUACAUUGCCAACUUCGACUUCGACGACCUCGAACGCAAACAAGACCCCGUCAAAGACAUUAUAGUCACGGACGAGGAAGUCGCGAACAUGUUCCCUUCGUAGGCCGAACCACAUCA